AUGAAAAAUGGUAACCAUAGAAUGAAUGAAAAUAAUAAAACCAAAGGUCAGAAACCUACUGACAAUAAAGAUGAUUAUAUGAUGUUUGAAAGUGAUGGCGAUGAUGUGCCAAUAAUUAAUCGAAGAGUCAGAACAGUUAUGUCUCCAUAUCAAAGUAAAAUAUUACACGAAUGUUUUUGCAAAAACCCGUUUCCUUCUACAGAAUUACGUGAAGAAUUGAGCCGAGUUUUGAAAAUGAAACCUCGAACAAUACAAAUUUGGUUUCAAAAUCAAAGACAAAAAUCCAAAAAUGUAAAAGAUCAUAUGCAUCCGUGGCACAGCGAAUAUAAAAACAUGCCUUAUAGAAGUUUAAAUAUUUUGGCAACUGUUGCUGUAGCUAAAUUAUAUGAAAGAAGAAAAGAAAUUGAGAAAAUUGAGGAGAACUAA